CAGAGGGAAGGAAAACAGAGAGACACACAGAGGAAUAAAUAGCAAACAGAAAUGCGACUUGCUUUCCUCUCUCACUCGCGCUUCGCUUUCGAUGAACUGUUAUUUCUGUGGCUACCGACACAGCUGCUAUUUCCCCCUCCUUUAGCUCGUCCAGUUGACACUGGAAUGUCGGGCGCGCCCUUAAGGGGCUUAUCUCGCGCUUGCGCAGUUGUUGUUUUGUGACCGCUCUAUCUUCUUCCUCUCUCUCCUUCCUCCUCCUUCCUCAGCUCCCCUCCCUCCCCUUCUCUAAAACAGAACCAUCAACGUCAUCUCCACCGUCCCCUUCAGUUGGGAGGGAAGUCAGUGACGGAGGGCCUCCGCUGCCACCACCGCUUCUGCCACCGUGAGGGGAGUUAGUACCGGCCGUGCGAAGCGAACAAAAAAAGUUUGAGAACCACUGCUCUACAGUGUCGCAUAUACCAUGUUAAUGAGCAGCCCUGCAACGUAAAACCCUGCGAGAUAGCACCACCAUCAUCUUCUCAGUCCUUGGUCACUUUGGUCACCUCAGGCCCUCAGAAGGGGUCAUAAUUCUGAAAUGGACAUUGGAUCUUCAUUUGACAAUGCCAGUCUUUCUUCUGAAACUGUGUUGGUAGUAAAUCAGGAAGAAUAUGUUCUGGUUAAUAAGAACCCUGAGGGUGUGUGUGAAAAAGAUGAGAAGUUCCAGCUAAUGAUGUUUCCAAACACAAAUGAACAAAUGGAGAAAGCCAUGGAAGAGAUACUAAGGGAUUCUGAUAAAGUCCAGGAACACGGUACUGAUUGUGUAGAGCUGAGUGAUGAUUGCAGGCAGUCACUUGGAGAUACUUCUGUCAGCCAGCCUUCUAUGCAACUCCUGCUUGAUUCUCCCACGACAGAAGUUUUGUCACAGAGACCAUAUUCACCUACUGUACCCUCAGAAGAGGAGAGCGUAUUGUUCAACAAACUAACAUAUCUUGGAUGUAUAAAGGUUUCUGCUCCUCGUAGUGAAUCAGAGGCAUUGUGUGCAAUGGCCGCUCUGAAAAACUCAAGUCAUUCACCUUUCCCUGUGACUCUGUAUGUUCCAAAUAUCCCAGAUGGUUCUGUUAGAAUAAUAGAUCAGUCCAAUAGUACAGAAAUUGCUUCUUUCCCAAUCUACAAAGUGUUGUUUUGUGUCCGUGGGCGAAAUGGAACUUUGGAAAGUGACUGCUUUGCAUUUACUGAGAGCUUCUCUGGCACGGAUGAAUUCCAGAUUCAUGUCUUCUCUUGUGAAAUUAAAGAGGCAGUCAGCCGAAUUUUGUAUAGUUUCUCAACAGCAUUCAAACGUUCCUCCAAACAAGCAUCAGAUCAUGUAAAGGACACUAUAGUUCCAACUCCUGACAGUGAUAUAUUCACUUUCAGUGUUUCUUUAGAGGUCAAAGAAGAUGAUGGUAAAGGAAACUUCAGCCCAGUACCAAAGGACAGAGAGAAAUUUUAUUUCAAACUGAAACAGGGAGUUGAGAAGAAAGUUGUGAUCACUGUACAGCAGAUUUCCAACAAAGAAUUAGCAAUUGAAAGGUGCUUUGGAAUGCUGCUAAGUCCAGGUCGAAAUGUCAAAAACAGUGACAUGCACUUACUGGAUAUGGAGUCCAUGGGGAAAAGCUCUGAUGGAAAAGCUUACAUUAUUACUGGGAUUUGGAAUCCUAACACACCUACUUUUUUAGUCCUAAAUGAAGAAACUUCUAAAGAUACGCGUGUGUACAUGACUGUAGCGGUAGAUAUGGUGGUCACAGAAGUGGUAGAGCCAGUUCGUUUUCUGCUAGAGACACUUGUACGUGUCUAUCCUCCCAAUGAGCGCUUCUGGUAUUUCAGCAGAAAAACUUUCACAGAAACGUUCUACAUGAAAUUGAAACAGUGUGAAGGAAAAAGUCACUCAAAUGCUGAAGAUAUGAUUUAUGAAGUCUUGAGUCUGCACCGAGAUUCUGAAAGAGAGGAAGAAACAGUCAGUCCAUCAAGUGGUGUAGACCAAAUAUCUCUGCAAGAGGAUGAAGCUGAAGAGGAAAGCGAUAAUGAACUCUCAAGUGGCACUGGUGAUGUAUCAAAGGAUUGCACGGAAAAGAUCUUGUAUUCUUGGGGAGAAUUGCUUGGAAGAUGGCACAGUAACCUUGGUGUGAGACCAAAAGGAUUGUCUUCACUGGUGAAGAGCGGUGUUCCAGAGGCAUUAAGAGCUGAGGUAUGGCAAUUGCUAGCAGGAUGCCACGAUAACCAAGCAAUGUUGGAAAAAUAUCGAAUUCUCAUCACAAAGGACUCUUCACAGGAGAGUGUAAUUACACGAGACAUUCAUCGUACAUUUCCAGCACAUGAAUAUUUUAAAGAUACAGGAGGAGAUGGGCAGGAAUCUCUUUAUAAGAUCUGCAAGGCAUAUUCAGUGUAUGAUGAAGAAAUUGGUUAUUGCCAGGGUCAUUCCUUUCUAGCUGCUGUUCUUCUACUGCAUAUGCCUGAAGAACAAGCAUUCUGUGUGCUGGUGAAGAUCAUGUAUGAUUAUGGUUUGCGGGACCUCUAUAAAAACAACUUAGAAGAUCUUCGUAGCAAAUUUUACCAACUGGAGAAACUUAUGCAGGAGCAGCUGCCUGAUUUGUAUAACCACUUCUUGGAACAGAACCUGGAAGUUCAUAUGUAUGCAUCCCAGUGGUUUCUCACUCUCUUCACUGCCAAGUUCCCACUCUGCAUGGUCUUCCACAUAAUUGAUUUACUCCUUUGUGAGGGUUUGAAUGUAAUCUUUAAUGUAGCAUUGGCUCUCCUAAAGACCUCUAAGGAGGAUCUUCUCCAAGCUGAUUUUGAAGGGGCUUUGAAGUUCUUUAGGGUACAGCUGCCCAAGAGGUACAGAGCUGAAGAGAAUGCUAGAAGGCUUAUGGAACAGGCCUGCAAUGUAAAGGUACCCACAAAGAAGCUGAAGAAAUAUGAGAGAGAGUAUCAAAUGAUGCGAGAGAAUCAGCUGCAGCAGGAAGACCCUCUGGACAGAUACAAGAGAGAAAACCGCAGGCUUCAGGAAGCCAGCAUGAGACUUGAGCAAGAGAAUGAUGACCUUGCCCAUGAACUUGUAACAAGCAAAAUUGCUCUACGAAAUGACUUGGACCAGGCUGAAGACAAAGCAGAUAUUUUGAAUAAGGAGCUCCUUCUGACUAAACAAAAGCUCGUGGAUACUGAGGAGGAGAAGAGGAAACAGGAAGAAGAAACAGCCCAGUUAAAAGAGAUCUUCAGAAAACAGCUGGAGAAGGCAGAAUCUGAGAUAAAGAAGACAACAGCCAUUAUUGCAGAAUAUAAACAGAUUUGUUCCCAGUUGAGUAGCAGGCUGGAGAAACAACAGGCAGCCAGUAAAGAGGAACUUGAGGCUGUGAAGGGUAACGUGAUGGCUUGCAAACAUUGUAGUGAAAUAUUCAGUAAAGAGGGGACAUUGAAAGUGCCUGCUCUACCUGGAGAGAGACUGAGAACAGACACAGAUGAUGAGAAAGAUGCCCUUAAAAAACAGCUUAGAGAGAUGGAACUAGACCUGGCACAGACCAAACUGCAGCUUGUGGAAGCCAAAUGCAAAAUACAGGAGCUAGAACACCAGAGAGGAGCACUUAUGAGUGAAGUCCAAGCUGCCAAGAACUCUUGGUUUAGCAAAACCCUGAACUCUAUCAAAACGGCUACUGGCACACAGCCACUACAGCAGCCUCCGCUGUCACCAUCGCCCAAAGAGGGCAGCACAUAGUUGGGCAGCUGGAUUCCAAGCACAAGAGCACAAUGGACAAAGCAGCUGAUGCCCCUUGAAGAUUCCUCCAGAGCACCUGUCCAAGGAGGGAAGCAGGAAAACAGGCAGGAGAGACAACCUGGAAACAAAUUCCUUCAGUGUCUGUCAUUUGUUAUGAUGUGGCCCUUUCCAAAGGGGAGUUAUUUAAAGAAUCCUUUUACAUGGAAAACUCAUUCCCAGAUGCCUUGCCAAAAGCCACAUCCUGAUACCAUCACAUUUUACACUUUAAUUUGUAUGCCUUGAUGUUAAAAAAAGUAACAAAUAAUUCAGAAAUACAUGUUCCGUAUGUUGCUAAAAAUUAUUCAUAAUUAUUUAUGUUGCAUUAGAGGGUUUUCCACAUUUGGGAGAAGAGAGAGAGGACAAGGUAAAAUAAUGACGAAAAAGCACAUUUGUUAUAAUACCAGACAGUUUCCUGGUAGAUCAGUUCAACGGUUUACAGCUGCAUUGCACCCUGCAAAGAUGCAUCUGUUCUUUUAAGGCUGGAGUCUCAGGCCACAUCUGUAACAAGUGGGACAACAGUAUUUUUGUUUAAAAACUCUUAUAAAGCUACUAAAUGGGAACAUGUAUAAAACCACAUCUACUUUAAUGCUGCCUUUAAGCAUUCCAUAACCAAUUUCAUAUAUUGCAACAAAGGGAGACCUUCCCCACACCUCUGUUCUCUUUUGCCAAUCAGCAGACUCUGGGCACAGUCUGACAAAAGUUCUUAUGGGCAAUCCCCUUUGCAAUGAAUAGAGGCUAGUGGACGUGAGCUUCCUGGUGGAUUGUGCCUAAUGUGUUCUUGCACAAUUCCCCUUAAUUUUAGCAGGGUUUCUGCAGGAGACAUUCCUGGUAAAAUGUGUCCAAAAGUGCUUUGAUGGAAGGUGACCCUCACCUUUGACUGGCAGGGCAAAUUUUUCAGAAGAUUUCUGUGUCUGUCUGGAAAUCAUACUUAUUUUAUAUCUUUCUAAAGUGCAAAAAAGCAUUUGUUACAUUUUUGAAUUCAACAUAAAAUGUUUAUAGAAAUGCUUAUUUCAUGGAGAAUUAUUCUAUUGCUUAAAUUGAUGGAAAUAUUUUUUUUAUUAUACGUAAUGUGUAUAAUAAUGUCUCACAGGUUAACACCACUAUUGGAUGAGAAGUUGGUUAUGUAAUUGGUUUUCAUGUUUUGAAAAGUGUUCCCAGGGACAUUGUCCUGUUCUGAUUUUAAUUCAAAUUAAUGCAAUAGCCUAUCAGUCAGUUCUGUACAAUAAAGGUUAAUGAUGCUCA